AUGCGAGAGUCGCCGAAUGUGAUUAUAACCGGCACCCCUGGAGUGGGAAAGACUGUUCACUGCGAACAAUUGGCACAAGAUACUGGGUUACGGCACCUGUCCAUUAACAAGAUCGCAAAGGAGCGGAAUUGUUUUGAGACUUACGAUCAAGAAUUGGAAACUUGGGUUGUGGAUGAGGAUAAACUCCUGGAUGCAAUUGAAGAUGAAGUGCUUCAAGGUGGUUAUUUGAUCGAUUGGCACGCAUGCGAUUUGUUUCCCAAAUCCUGGAUAGACCUUGUCGUCGUCUUGAGAUGUCCGUCUACAUCAACGCAUUAUGAUCGUCUAUCAACAAGAGCAUACCCUGAGUCGAAGUUGCAAGAGAACCUGGAUUCCGAGAUUUUCGGCGUGCUACUGGAGGAAGCCCAUGAAUCUUUCGAUGAAGAAAUUGUGGUUGAACUGAACAGCGAAAAGGACGACGAUGUAGAAAGCAAUUGCGCCAGAAUCUCGACUUGGGUGGAGUCAUGGAAACGCACACAGGCCGAGAAUUAG